AUGAAGCGUGGCCGGCUAAAGCCGAAGCGAAGAGAGCAUGAAGUCGAGAAAAAGUGCCCCGUUCAAGUUUGGGAUAGUUCUCAUCUGAAGGUCGUGAUGGUGGUAGUGCUGGCCAUCGGUCCGUUUUUGCCGUCGUUGAAUGGUGAUUUCGUAUUCGAUGACUUCGCUACCGUUCUCAACAAUCCUGUGGUGAAUGGACGGGGCAGCAUCAAACAGGUGUUCAACACUGACUACUGGGGUCAACCAAUCGCUUCAACCCAAAGUCACAAAAGCUAUCGACCACUGACCACGCUGACUUUUUGGUGA